CGGACCGCUGCUAGGCGGUCCGCCUAGUUCUGGUCCCGCCCUCUAUUGGCCCCGCCCCGAUCUACCUGCCCUCUCUGCCGGACGCUCUGACACCUGACUCCGCCCAAUUUCCUAUCGGCCCCGCCUGUUGCCUCAGCCUAGACUGUACUUCCCAGUGUUUUAUUAGUUUUUCCCCUCUGCCUCCCUUAAGACUCUCUUCACCAGUUCUCAUCCAUUCCUCGGUUCUCCUGGCUGCAGUCUGCCAUUAUCUAUACCUUGUCCCCUUUCCCUCACCGCGUUCUCCCUUUUAAGGCCCUGCUGACCCUUAGGACUCUCUCCCAGGUUAUUUGGCCUCCAAGAUUUCCCGUUCUAGGUUCCACCGCUCCGUCCAUCCCUAUAGCCUUGUACUCUUUGCAGGUCUCACAUUUUCCUUAGCCAUUCUCUACACUCUUAGCCCUGCCCCGCCCCCGCCUACCCUGGUUGCUUUCAAGACCCUUAAAGCCCCUCUCCUCUCUUAGUCUUGCAUUUCCACAGGCAAUUCAAGACGUUUACUACCAUUCGUGGACCCCACCCACCUCUCUCAGUCUCUUCCCAUCCAUCCUGGCAUUCUUCCGGUCCAGCCCCGGUUAAUCGGGCCGAGUUUGCAGCUCCGACCCGGUACUUUCUUUACCUGUCCUCCUCCAUUAGACCUAGUCAGAAGCUCUCAGGUUUCCAGGCCUCGCCCCAUUCCGUCCCCUCUCUACUGGGUCUUAGUCCCUGUUCCCCUUUCUCUGUUCCUUUUCAGUUCAGCCCAGUGCCACUCAUUUCCAGUUCCCGCCCCUCGCUCAGUCCCGCCCUCUCAUCCUCCCAGAAUUAGGACUUUCUGAUUUCUGUGGCCCUGCCUCUUCUUAAGAUCCGCCCCGCCCCGUCCAAGCAAUGUUAGGAUCCCAACCCGGCAGUCUCCAUCUGCCCCACUCCACCAGGUACUGCUUGCCGGCUCUUUAGGCCCGUCUCUAUCCAAUUCGGACGGCCAUCCGCCUUGUGGCCCAAGCCCUGCCUCCGCUGGUCUCGGACCGUCAGGCUCCUUUAAAUAGCUUGGACAAGUUCUAUUCCUCUACCCGCCCCGCUCCUUUUUUUAGUUAAAUCAGAUCUCUUUCUCACAUCUAGCCCCGCCUCCUCUGUUCUCCUAGUGCGGCCAAACCAGGCAACUUUCUCCUCCCAUCCAGCCCCUUUAACACCUCGCUCGGCCCCGCCCCUUAUCUCAGAAAGACCCAAUCGGUGUGCAGCAUGUGCGGCCCCGCCCCGUCCAGCUAGGCAGUGUUGGAGUCUGGGGCCUUUUCCCAGUUUCAGCCCCGCCCCCUCCCCUUCAAAAACCAAUCAAUUCAGUUCCUCCCUCCCUUUGGCUCCGCCCCUUUCCUCCAUCACCUCCUCUCACCCAGUCACAUCUCUCUCCCCCCCGUGGCUCCGCCCCUACAACGCCCCGCCCCUGCCGCUCCGCCCCCCAUCCAAUGCUGAGCUCAGUCUGCGUCUCGUCCUUCCGCGGGCGCCAGGCGGCUAGCAAACAGCAGCCGGCGCCGGCGCCGCAGCCGUCCGAGUCCCCGCCACCGCUGCCCUCGCCGCCGCCGCACCGCCGUUGCUGCAACAGCAGCAACCUGAGCACGGCGGCGGCCAUGGGGCGGCACGGCGGCGGCGGUGGCGACAGUGGCAAGAUCGUGAUCAACGUGGGCGGCGUGCGCCAUGAGACGUACCGCUCGACGCUGCGCACCCUGCCGGGGACGCGGCUGGCCGGCCUGACGGAGCCCGAGGCGGCGGCGCGUUUUGACUACGACCCGGGCGCCGAUGAGUUCUUCUUUGACCGGCAUCCGGGUGUCUUCGCUUACGUGCUCAACUACUAUCGUACGGGCAAGCUGCACUGCCCGGCCGACGUGUGCGGGCCGCUCUUCGAGGAGGAGCUAGGCUUUUGGGGCAUCGACGAGACCGACGUGGAGGCCUGCUGCUGGAUGACCUACCGGCAGCACCGGGACGCCGAGGAAGCGCUCGACUCCUUCGAGGCACCCGACCCUUCGGGCGCCGCCAACGCUGCCAACGCCGCGGGCGCCCACGACGCGGGUCUGGACGACGAGGCGGGAGCGGGCGGCGGUGGCCUGGACGGCGCCGGCGGCGAGCUCAAGCGCCUCUGCUUCCAGGACGCAGGCGGAGGCGCCGGGGGCCCGCCAGGGGGCGCGGGCGGCGCGGGCGGCACGUGGUGGCGCCGCUGGCAGCCCCGGGUGUGGGCGCUCUUCGAGGACCCCUACUCGUCGCGGGCCGCCAGGUAUGUGGCAUUCGCCUCCCUCUUCUUCAUCCUCAUCUCCAUCACCACCUUCUGCCUGGAGACCCACGAGGGCUUCAUCCACAUCAGUAACAAGACAGUGACACAAGCCUCCCCGAUCCCUGGGGCUCCGCCGGAGAACAUCACCAAUGUGGAGGUGGAGACAGAGCCCUUCCUGACCUAUGUGGAGGGCGUGUGCGUGGUCUGGUUCACCUUUGAGUUUCUCAUGCGCAUCACCUUCUGCCCAGAUAAGGUGGAAUUUCUCAAGAGCAGCCUCAACAUCAUUGACUGUGUGGCCAUCUUGCCCUUCUAUCUGGAGGUGGGGCUCUCCGGCCUCAGCUCCAAGGCUGCCAAAGACGUGCUGGGCUUCCUGCGGGUUGUCCGCUUCGUCCGGAUCCUGCGGAUCUUCAAGCUCACGCGGCACUUUGUGGGGCUGCGCGUGCUCGGCCAUACGCUCCGCGCUAGCACCAACGAGUUCCUGCUGCUCAUCAUCUUCCUGGCCCUGGGUGUGCUCAUUUUCGCCACCAUGAUCUACUAUGCCGAGCGCAUCGGCGCCGACCCCAACGACAUCCUGGGCUCCAACCACACCUACUUCAAGAACAUCCCCAUCGGCUUCUGGUGGGCCGUGGUCACCAUGACAACCCUGGGCUAUGGAGACAUGUACCCCAAGACAUGGUCGGGGAUGCUGGUCGGGGCGCUGUGUGCCCUGGCUGGGGUGCUCACCAUCGCCAUGCCGGUGCCAGUCAUUGUGAACAACUUCGGCAUGUACUAUUCGCUGGCCAUGGCCAAACAGAAGCUGCCCAAGAAGAAGAACAAACACAUUCCCCGGCCCCCGCAGCCUGGCUCACCCAACUAUUGCAAGCCCGACCCGCCCCCGCCCCCCCCACUCCCUCCUCACCAUGGCAGCGGCGGCAUCAGCCCCCCACCCCCCAUCACCCCGCCCUCCAUGGGGGUGACUGUGGCCGGGGCUUACCCGCCGGGCCCCCACACACACCCCGGGCUGCUCAGGGGGGGAGCGGGUGGGCUCGGAAUCAUGGGGCUGCCUCCUCUGCCGGCCCCUGGGGAGCCCUGCCCAUUGGCUCAGGAGGAAGUGGUUGAGAUCAACCGGGCAGAUCCCCGCCCCAACGGGGACCCUGCAGCUGCUGCGCUGGCCCAUGAGGACUGCCCGGCCAUUGACCAGCCCGCCAUGUCCCCGGAAGACAAGAGUCCCAUCACUCCUGGGAGCCGGGGCCGCUAUGGCCGGGACCGAGCCUGCUUCCUCCUCACCGACUACGCCCCAUCCCCUGAUGGCUCCAUCCGGAAAGCCACCGGUGCUCCCCCACUGCCCCCCCCAGACUGGCGUAAGCCAGGCCCCCCAAGCUUCUUGCCCGACCUCAACGCCAACGCUGCGGCCUGGAUAUCCCCCUAGUGGACGAACCCCCUCCCCCCGGGGUAAGUAGCCCCCACCCCUCUGAAUCCCUUCCCUCCUGACUAACCCAUCUGAGAUCAUGCAGCCCCCACUGACCGAGACUCCCACCCCCUCACUGUGAACAGCUCCAUCCAAGUAACCCCCGGCCCUGACACUGAUCCCACACCCAUCUGCCCAGGACUUGCCCUGCCUCUCACUAACUGCUAGAACUCACCCCACCCCUCCCCACCAUGUGCCUGACCCCCCCACCAAUGGCCUCACGACUGACCUCCAUCCUCACCCCAUCCACAUCUCUCCCCCUGCCUCCCCACCUUGGUUUUGCUUUUGUUUGUUUAAUCAAGAAAAGGGGGCACACACCCAGAACAUUCUUCUGAGGACAGGAUGGGGUGAGAAGGACUGAGCCACUUAUGCAGUCACUCAUGGCUUGGCCAGCACUUAGCAAGUACCCACACACAUGUUCCUGGCACAGUGCUGAGCGUGGGGAAUCAACGGGGAGCAUAUCAACCCCGCCCCCGACCCCCAGUUUGGUGGGAGAGGCAGAUGCUGACCCAGACCUGAGGCAGGAGAGCAGGCUGAGCUGAGGGCCUGUCCUGGGAUCUGGGGAGAAGCAGAUCAAACAUGAGUUUGCACAAGCUCUGGGAGUUGGGGACGGACAGGGAGGCCUGGCGUGCUGCAGUCCGUGGGGUCACAAACAGUCGGAUAUGACUGAGCGACUGAACUGAACUGAGCUCCACUCUGGGACUUCGUGAGGAGGCACUGGAGUGGGGAGACAGCGGGUCUGGAGGCUGAGGUGCAGGCUGGGAUGAGGGGCCUGUGGGAGAGGACAAAGCCUGAGUUAUGGGGAUGGGGGGAGAAGAGAGGCAGAGGAAAGGGGCCAGGACUGGACAGUGGGGAGGUCAGAGAGAGUGAGGAGACAGUGGACGAAUUAUCCAGCAAAUGUAACCAUGCACUUUCCACAUGCUCUGUAUUCUAUAAUCCUCACAACAACCCCAGCUAACCCCUAACUUGACUCAUUCAGCAGCUAAUGAUUGAGGGUAUAGUUCCAGGCACUGGAGAUUUGGCAGGGCCCAAAGCACAGAUCUCCCAUCACAGAGCUGAUACUCUAGAGCCCUGUGGCAACGGACUAUAGCCAAGGGCCAAACCUGUGCACCAGUUGUUUUGUAAAUAAAACUUUAUUGGAACACA